AAGCAACAUAAAGUGCGUAGACAAAAGAAGCUUUUACCCGCUUAUCCCCAGCUAAUGCCCAUUCUACACACUUUUCUACUCUUUAAAACCCCUUAAACUUUGUUCAGACGUUCCUUCUCAUCUAAAACAUAGUAGAGACUAGAGAGAGAAUUUGUUCUUUUCAAUUGCUCCAUAUUUUCCCCCAAAAAAAUGGCCAAGAUAGUAGGUGCUUUUAUUUGUGUAUUGAUAGUGGCAAUGGAUGUCAUGGCCGGGAUCCUAGGCAUUGAAGCUGAAAUUGAACAAAACAAGGUCAAGCACUUAAGGCUAUGGAUAUUCGAGUGUAAAGACCCAAGUGAGCAGGCUUUCAAGCUGGGUUUUGGUGCAGCAGCACUUCUGGGUCUAGCCCAUGUUAUAGCCAACUUGCUUGGUGGGUGUAACUGCAUUUGUUCUCAAGAAGAGCUCGAAAAGGCUUCCCCAAGUAGGCAACUCUCAGUGGCUUGCCUCAUUUUCACUUGGAUUAUAUUUGCCGUGGGAUUGUCCAUGCUGGUGAUAGGGACUUUGUCAAACCGCAAGUCAAGGGCUUCCUGUGGUUUCACACACCAUCAUUUUCUGUCCAUUGGAGGGAUUUUGUGUUUUGUUCAUGGCCUGUUUUCUGUUUCAUUUUACGUUUCUACCACUGCCAACCUUAGUUAGUAAGAAAUGAAAUGCAUGUAUGGAGGUCAUAAAUCAUAACAUAAGCCUCUACUUUACUCGUCCUUCUCUUUACAUUAGCUUUUUCUGUUUUUCAAAAUGUAACCACUUUAGAAUGACAUUUCUGACCUCCACAUGGAAUGUGUGAAGCUUUAA